AUGGCAACAGAAACCGAAGGCCAUUAUAUUCUUAAUCGUGAUGCAACUGAGUCAACUCGGUUAGAUGAACAACAUACGCUUCUGACCGAACUAGCCGGAGGCAGUCCUAUUCAUUCACGAAUAGCUAUUGACAAUAUCCACGCCAUUGCAGAUAUCGCUACAGGAACUGGUGUAUGGUUGAAACACAUCUGCACAUUGUUGAAGGACAUUCCUACAGAUCGACCUCGGUACUUUCACGGAUUUGAUAUCUCAGACUCUCAGUUUCCAAGAGAACAUGCGGGAAUACAUUUUUCAGUGCAGGAUAUUACCAAACCUUUCUCUGAUGCGCAUCUAAACCGGUAUGACCUUGUCCAUGUUCGACUACUAUUCUGUGGCUUGAAGAAGAGCGAAUAUGAGAUUGCGGUUGCAAAUUUGAUGACUUUGUUGAAGCCCGGUGGCUUUUUACAAUGGGAUGAGAUUGAUUACCAUGCACUUACACAAUUAAACCAAGAAAAUCCACGAUUUUUUGAGAUCAUGAAAAUCGUCAACGAUGGACUGAACAGUGCCCAGUAUAGCGAUUCCGCUCCCAAGCUACUGAAGCAAACGUUUAAACGUAAAGGGCUUGUGAAGAUUACUAGCCACGACUACGUUUCCAGCGAGCAGCCACGGAGCGCCGAAAUCAUGCAGAAGUGGUUGCAUAAUGCCCUGCGAAUGCUUAUUCCGUGGGCUUUGGAGACAUCUGAAAAAGAGAAAGGUGUGGAUUCAACUAAUCAAAAAUCGGCAAACGAGAUCAUCAAAGAGAUGGGAACAAUUUUUGCUGCAAAAUUGGUCCCACGGGGAGAAGUAAGUGUCGUAGUAGGGCAGAAAAAAGGCCAAACUUUCUGCAGCAUUCUCUAG